AUGGUCUCAUUCCCUUCCCGGAGUUUGAGGAUCGUCAUGGUCAACUCACCGCCGAUCCUCAAUUCGCCCCCUAUCGCGCCGAAUGGGACGCGUAUCGCAAGCACCUGGUCGAACUCGAAAGGGAUGGACCUCUCCCACCGUUAAGUUUUCAUUUACAUACUGAUCGCUUGCUGCAUUGUAGACCUUCUGAUGAUGUCUGUGGCACCUUCACAGCCGCCUCUGAAGCCUUGCCGAGAGGAGUCGGGCGCACGGGCCGCCGCGAAUGAGGUCACCAUGCUCGACCUGACCUCGUCGCCUCCAAAAAAAUCGCCAACAAAGCGAAUCCCUCAAGCCCUCUCUCGACAUACAAAGGGCUCGACUUCAGCCUCGACCUCGUCUCAAAAGGCUAAGCCCAAGCCUCAAAAGCUUGGACCGAAAGCGAAGGGCGCGGCGACCACCGCGCAGAUUGUCAAGGUCCUUGACUAUCAAAAACGGCACAAGUUGACGCUCACGGCCACCGUCAAGUAUUUCAACAAUUCGCCAAACCACCGAGACAUCCCGAUCUUGAGCCAGCCAAAGCUCACGCAAUGGCGCAAAAAGGAAAACGAGCAUCGCGCCCUUCUCAGCGGUCAAGGAAGCAUGAGGCGCAACAACAGCGUCAUGCACCCGAACCUGGGAAAGGCGCUGGCAAUCUGGUGUACCCAAGCUCUCGAGCAGAACACCACCAUCACCACCGAUGUAUUGCGCCUGAAAGGUCAACAACUUGCCGACAAACUCGAGAUUCGGGAUUUCGCCUUUUCGAACGGCUGGCUUCAGGGCUUUAAGAAAAGGUACUCGCGUGAUUCUUGUUCCAGUCAGCCGUUCUACAUUGUCUGAAUUUCCUCUUUGUGAAUCUAGACACAAUCUUCGCUCUUACAAGUUCCAUGGCGAAGGCGAGAAGGUCGAUGCGAAAACGCUCGAAGAGGAGCGCAAAAGAGUCGUCGAUCUUAAGAACAAGUACGACCCAAGUGAUAUCUUCAACAUGGACGAAACCAGUCGCUUCUACGCUAUGCGCCCGUCUACAGGUCUUGCUCGGAACGGUCGAAAUGGUGUCAAGAUGAAUAAGACUCGCAUUACCUUCGCUUUCACGGUCAACGCCGACGGAUCGGAACGGCUCCCUCCCUUCAUCAUUGGUAGCGCGGCGAAGCCUCGUAGCUUCAACGAAAAACCAGCCAGCUACUACAAUCAUUACUAUCGAGCGAACAAGAAGGCGUGGAUGACUGGCGAGCUUUAUGUCGAAUGGUUGAAAGCCCGGGAUCUCGAGCUUCGCAGCAAGGGCCGAAAAGUGCAACUCUGGCUCGAUAACUUCUCGGGACACACGAGGGAUGUUGGUUCCAUCACAAAUAUCGAAGUUCAUUACUUUGCACCCAAUAUGACGUCAAGAAUCCAGCCGCUCGAUCAAGGAAUCAUUGCGAACUUCAAGGCAAACUAUCGCAGAAGGUGAGUCCCGAGGUUUGAGACUGUUUUCCAACCUAUCUGAUCAAUGAUGAUGCACUCUGCUUGAUAGGUUCAUCCGUAAUGCUAUUGCAAGGUUCGACGAUGGUCAAACCGGCGACGAUAUCUACGCAAUCGAUCAGCUUCGAACGAUGAAUCUUGCGAGACAGGCGUGGAACGACAUCCGCCCCGAGACGAUUGCCAACUGCUGGCGCCACGCUCAAAUCUUGUCUGAUCGCAAGAACAAAGGAUCGACCGACCAUACACCUCUUCCCAACGGUCGCGGGCCCUCUCGAUGGCGAUCGCGGCAUCAUCAACGCGAUGAACGCUUUGAAGACGGCGAACGAUGA